AGAUGGCUAAAAGAAAGGGCACCGCCAGAGCCAAAAAGGGAGAGAAAACCAAUAUAAAAUAGACAAGUUGAUUAUAAGAAGGAGCAGAAGAAUGGGUUCAAGGGAGCGAAGAAGAGUGGCUUUGCAACACACGUUGCAACAACUGCGAGAUGCCACAAAUUCCAGUGCUGUAAACAAAGCAUCCAUUAUUGCGGACGCCUCCAAAUACAUAGAGGAGUUGAAGCAAAAAGUGGAGGAUCUGAACUCAGAGCUUGGAGUUACUGAAUCAUCAACCACACAAAUCGAUGAACUACCUAUGGUAAGUGUAAAAACCCUAGAAAAGGGUUUCCUCAUUCAAGUGCUUUUAGAAAAGAGUUGUCCUGGCAUGCUAGUCUCAAUACUUGAAGCCUUCGAAGAACUCCAACUUGAUGUGAUUGAUGCUAGGGCUUCUUGUGAAGACACUUUCCAACUAGAAACUGUGGCAAGAGAAAGUCACAAGAAGCACAGUGUUAACGCGCAUGUGGUGAAGGAAGCAGUGUUGCAAGCAAUCAGGAACACGGACUAAUCAAAGAAAGCCCACGGAUCGAUGACUCAAUCCAAAUAUCCAGUACCGUUGUUUUGUCUUGUUUAUUAAGCCUAAAAUUUGCACAUUCAUGUGAAUGUGAGACAAUUUGUGAUUGCAUAUUUUGCCAAAAUCUGAGGUACCUAGCUAGCUCUUCAAUGGCCCUUACAUAAUUGAAUUGAAAUGGCUUAUUAUCAUGAACGUCUUCUUGGGUAGAUGAGAAGAGAAUGAAUUGCAUUAUUUUGGCAUUCAGUACGUGGCCGGGGAUUGAUGACACUCAGAUUAGGAUAGUGAGAAAUUGAUGAUGUAAUAAGCAAUCAUGCAAACACAGAUUGAGCCCAAUAAUUAAUGAACCACUUUUAUGUAUCAUGUUACUCCAAUUAGUAACCAA